AUGGCUACAAGAUUUCUGUUCUUCACGGCAGACCGGACAGGCUGCAGCGCAGCGAGAGACAGAGAGGAAAAGAACCGUCCCAAGCCAAGGAAAACGGCCCGUGUUGAUGGUGGCGACGUCACCAAGCGCUCGGACGGAGCGGCAGGAGCAGCAGCAGGAGGAGGAGGACGAAAGCGCCCUAGGGCGCCUUCUUGGGAGCGCGACUACCAGCAGAUCUGGAAGGCGGUGACGGACCUCGGGUCAGAACAGUUCACGGGGAAGGAGAAGAAGGCCUACGAAGCGCGCAAGAUCGUCGAGAGGGGUGGCAGGGCUCCGAAAGACCCGAGGAUGCCGUACGUGAUGCUACAGGGGCUCCGCAAGAAGGCCAAGCAGCGCGAGGAACGCCGGGAAGCCAUGGAGGCUGAGGCUGGUGUUGUCACUGGUAACGCUGGAUCGGCCAGGAGGAAGUCGGCGCAAACGUCUCGUGGCCGCGGCGGCGGCAGUGGUGGAAGCAGUAGGGGUGGCGUAAGCGAACGAGGAGGUGGUAGCUCGAGGUGGGUCCUGGUCGUGUGUCACUCGAGAGGCCUUCGUUGCCCGUCAAUCAGUCCAGUGAGGACACUUGGGGGUCGAAUCGAGAUCGAAGGAUACUGGUGA